AUGUCAGAAUCUGAUACCUCCAACUUUGUAGUGAGGGAGCAUAUCUAUCAGCCAGAUAUACCUCCCCACAUCCGCCAGCUCGAAAUGGAGCUCAUGUUAGAGGAUCCUCCUGACAUAGCAACGUGUAAAGAUCUCAUAUUAGAUCAUCACCCUACGAAUUUCCAAUGGUGGUCAGGCCAUCCUGAGCCCAAAGAGCGUCGUGAUACUUCAGGCUUGACACCAUUGGCAGCCGCUGUAAAACGAGGAAACAUCGAAGAAGCUAAGGCCCUGAUUGAAGGAGGCGCUCGAGCAGACGUUUGCGGUCCAACAUUCGGUAGCCUUCCUCACCUUGCAGUCGCAUUAUCCUAUGAAGGAAUACAUCAAAUAUUUCCAUUGCUCAAACUUGUCAUUGAGGCGGGAGCAGAUGCCAACGCACCAGGCCCUGACCCAGACAAAGAGUCGUUGUUAUGUAUGGUAAUAACUACACUCUGGCUUCCCAACUAUCGUCAUGCGAUAUGCCGCUAUCUUGUUGAGGAUGGGGGUGCAGAUGUCAACAUGAGAAGCCAGUCUGGCAUGUAUCCUAUCAUCGCUGCAACCGGAACCGCAGACAAGAAGUUGGUUCAUUAUCUAAUACAACAUGGUGCAAAUGUCAAUGUUUCUGAUGACCAAGGCCUACGAGCAGUGCACUAUGCAGUACCUUCGGCAUCCAACAGAAGCCUUGGAUCUCUCAUUAAAGCGGGGGUUGAUCUAUUAUCUCCAGAUAAUUAUGGCCGAACACCUCUACACUUUGCGGCAAGCCUCUGUUAUUGGGAUUUCAUUCGUAUUUUUAUCGACUUCCUUCCUGAAGGAUAUGAUAUCAAUGUUCGAGAUAACGACGGGUGGACACCGCUCAUGUGGGCUUGCAAGAAUAGCCGGUCAGAAGCGCUUAAAAUCCAAAUCCUUGUUCGAGAUUACGGAGCAGAUAUCUGGCCGGUGAGCUACGAUGGCAAAUGGUCUGCCCUGAAGUUAGCCAACUUUACAGCCGGCGAUCUGAAAGGACUAACGUUCCUGGCACCGCUGAAAGACCAGAGCGAAAAGAUACUUCAAGAUGGAAGCAAACAGAUUUGGGAUCCAGAAUUUCAUAAAAUAUCACCUGGAGAUCACCACAAUUUUAAUAGUUGCAGCAGUUGCUAUACUGUAAGUGAUGCAUUUCAACUUCAGAAUGGUUGCUAA